CACUGAAUGCACACCCGGCUGCGGUGGGGCCACCGCCGCCGCUGCCUUCAUAAUCGCACUUACGAUCCGCUGCCGACGCAUCCACCGCCAUGGCCGACAUGCAAUGCAAGUAUGCGUACAAGGAAUGCAGCAACGCUCGUACAUACAAGCGCGACGGCGGCCUCCACCGCCUGUGCGAGUUCCACCGCAGCAAAGCCAACGCGCUGCAAAAGGUGUACGCGACAAAACGCCGAAGUGAGCUGCGCGCACAAAAGCGGCAGCUCCUCGCCGGCAAACUCGUGGUCAAGACGGAACCCGUCGUGCCGCCUUGCGCCGGUGAGCCCCACGUCGACCAGCCAAACUGGGACGUCGGGAUCGAGCCGUUUGUUGUCGCAGACGAUGUCGACUGGUGCGCAUUGCUCGUCCCCGAGUCCACCGACGCGGUCGACCCGAUUGAAUUCUGCGCCGACAUGAAGGCCCUUUCCGACGAAGAAUGGAUGUACCUUAGCAGCGCGCUGUAGCGUAGAUCGAAGCCACCUUAUUUAACUUGCCCGUCGCCACCAUUCCCCCCUCGUUUGGUCGUCC